UUGUCCUGACAACUACCGUAUCGGCAGUCAUCCUACAAUCAUGAAACUGGUGGGUCUUCUGGUUUGCUUUGUAGCUGCUGUUGCAGCUGCUCCUGGACGUGAUCACAUCGAGCUUGCGCGCGGUGGACGCGUUGUCGGAGGUAUCAACGCACUUCCCAAUGAGUUCCCAAGUAUUGUUUCCCUGCAGCGUUUGAUCCUGACGGCAUCCGCUCACAUUUGUGGUGGUACCGUCAUUGCUCCACGAUGGAUCAUGACCGCAGCUCAUUGUAUUACCGAGUCACCACAAGGAGCCCGUUUUGCUAUCUGGGCCGGAGCUCAUAACAUAGCGACGGCUGAAGCAAACAGACAGGCUAUCAACGUCGAAAUGUCUAUUGUCCACCCUGACUACCUGGGAGGAGUUAACCCAUCCGAUAUCGCAGUUAUGCGUCUGGUGAGUUAUCUGAAUUACAACAAUUUUGUGCAACCCGCUCUGCUCCCUGCGCAAGGAGAUCUUGCCACUCCUGGACCGGCGACUCUGGCUGGAUGGGGUAGUACUUCCACCGGAACUACUCCCUCAAUGCCAGCAACUCUGCAGAAGGUUAAUAAACCGAUUAUCGAUUACGACACUUGUGAGGAAGCCAACGGUGGAGCCGGAAACUCUCCGCUCGGACCCACCAACGUUUGCACGGGACCGCUGACCGGAGGAAUUUCCGCUUGCUCGGGAGAUUCUGGCGGCCCACUGUACGUCAUCGAAAACGGUGUACAGACCCAAGUCGGUAUUGUUUCCUGGGGAUGGAUUCCAUGCGGUUCCAUUGGACGCCCGUCGGUAUAUGUAGGCGUUGCCAGCUACCGUUCGUGGGUAGAUGCACAAAUAGACUAGAAAAUUCCGGAUUUAAUUUAGGACAAUAAACAAAAGGCAGUAUUGAAAAUG